GUUCCGGAUCAAAGACAAGUAGCAUAGUAAAUUUUUUUUUUUUAAAUUGUACUCGUAUUCAACAAGUUUAGUAGGACCGAUCUCAUACGGAUUUGGAAGUUUGGUUUCACCUGAAAAGAAAGUGAAAGUGAAACAAGGCAAAUGAUGUCGGGGGAGACUCUUCUUUUGAAAUUCAAAGGCGCUUUAGUUGGUGCUGUACUUGGCGAUUGUAUAGGGUCAACAUUUGAAGGAUUAUGGGCAAAGAGUAUUGCAAUCGAAAAGGUCCUUAAAAAAGUCGAUAAAGUUGAAUUGGAAGCAGAAAAGCCUGACGAAGAAGAUCGAAAAGUAUGGAAGUACACAGAUGACACAGCAAUGGCGAGAAGUGUAGCUAAAUCCCUGAUAGAGAAGAAGGGCCUAGAUCCCAAACACAUGGCACAAAUGUUUUCAGAGGAGUAUUUUAAGGAGCCGUACAGGGGUUAUGGAAUGAGUGUCAUCACAGUGUUUACUAAGCUUAAAGAACAAGGGUAUUUGGACCCCUUCAGACCUGGAGCAGAGCAGUUUAAUGGGUGUGGAUCUUAUGGUAAUGGUGGGGCAAUGCGGAUUGUUCCAGCUGCUUUAUUUGCCUACAAAGAAAACGAUUCCCAGGCCUUGACAGAUCUGGUGGAACAGAUUACCAAGCUAACACACACUCACCCCUCUGCUGUGGAUGGUGCACUCCUCCAGAGCUAUGCUGUGGAUUUGGCUCUGAGGGGAUCAGGAGAAUUGAAGAUAGAAUCAUUCUGUGAUGAACUUCAGAAAAGAAUGAAGGACAGGGAGGAGAAUGAAGCCAAGAAUGCAAAACAGAGAAAAGUGGAAAACAAAGAAGACCAGCCAGACAUGAUAAAAUCAUCAUCAGAGUUCCCAUACACAGACAUUGUGGAUGAAAUUAAGAAAUGUGCCCUGCAAGACCCCAUUCCCACUAGUGAAGAAAUCAGCGAAAGAUUGGGAACAGACAUUGCAGCAUACCGAUCUGUACCAGCAGCUGUGUACUCCUUCCUCAGGGCCUCCACAGAAAUCAACAAACUGGAGGGCAGAAAUCCAUUUGAAAAGACCAUCAUUUUAGCCAUUUCCCUGGGAGGUGAUACAGACACCAUUGCUACAAUGGCUGGUGCAAUAGCAGGUGCUUGGUAUGGAAUAGAGGCUAUCCCAAAAUCCUGGCAAACAAGCUGUGAAGCUGUUGAUGAUGCAUUGACAUUUGCAACACAGCUUCACAAAAUGAAUACCUUGGAUAAGUGAUUUGACAAUACCUAGCAGAACUGGAAUGAUCUCUUUCUUUAAUACAAGAUCUGUUCAUUAUUGAUACCUGUAGGAAAGCUGCUUGAACAAAUUCACUAGUGUGAACUAAAACUAUUUUAUCAGUGCAGGAUAUCUUUAUAAUUCUAAUGGCAUUAAACUCUAAACAUGCUGUAUUUUUACUUCGUCAAACUAAUUCAUAAUUUAAGAAGAAAAUAUAUCUUGCUUUACACUGACUGUGAUACAAUUUUAUUAAUGCAAAUACUUGUACCUUUCAUAAAU